UUAAGCUCACAUUAACUACCAGUGUCAACAUUGAAGUGUUAAGAUGGUAUCUUAUAAACUGUGUGACUCGCAUUAUACCGGACUUAAAAAUAUACGUUUACCAAUCAAAUGGAUAUCUGCUUAUAAUUUUCGCUUGAUUCAAAUGAGAAGUGAUUAUCAAAUUGAUGAGAAUUUUACAGUGGAGCAGCGGAAUUUAAUUUUUGAAAACAUCUAUCAAGAAUUAAAACAUGAGCUACCAUCCGUGUUUAAACGCGUGAGUCUGAUGGAAGUUGAAUCGCAGUGGAGAUUAUUAGUAAAGCAAUACAAAGAAGUGACUGAAAAUGUAAAAAAAUGUCACACAUGGCCAUACUUCUUAAUAAUGAAUGAUUUGGCCAAUUCAUUAGGAGGAGCUCAGAAAUUUAUCGAAAGUGAAUUGUCAUACAAUUUUAUAACACCGUCAGUACCGGAGCAUCAAGCUGAGGUUGAAAAAAUUAAGAAUAUUCCGAUGGAAAUUAUACCAUCGACAGACAGUCUGGCAUUAACUCAACAUGUCAGUGAUGCGAGUUUGAUGUUUACUACACUGAUAAAGAACGUGUCGAAAUCGAAUAAAUGUAGUCCUCUGGAAAUAUGCAAAGCCUUGAAAAUGUUGAAAAGACAAAAAGGAAAAUCUAAGCGCAAAUUCAGUAGUACAGGAACAAGACAAAACUCCAUCCCGGCUUGCUCUAGAAGUCACGUUGGUAGCGUUAGGGAAAGCAAUCAUAACGCUAAUAAACGCACCAAUAGUAUUACUGCUAAGGAAAAGACUCAUAUUAACGAAACGCAUCCAGUAAGAAUAAGUUCUGUUGAUAACAUUGAUGUCAAUCUCGAAAGGUGCCAGUUGCAAUUAGAUACCAAAAUAAAAAGAGUAGAUGAAUGCGAGGAAAUGGAUUUUGAGAUGGAUGUACGUUUGGAAUGUGAAGAUGAAGUUUUUCAUGAUUAAUUUAUGUAUCAUCACUGCAGCAACUGAUGAAGUUUAUCAUAAAAAUCAAUAAUAGAUUUAAGAGACAGUUUUGUAAAUAAUAAAUAUUUACAUAACAUUAAAAUUUAAAUAUUAAAAUUAAAUUAAAUUUUUUACUUUCACGAAUAAGUAUAUUUAAUUAAGUUUAGAAAGUAGCAAAAUUACAUAACUAUAACAAAGCUCAAAACCAAAGAUAUUGAUCUAAACAUUAAUAUUUUAAUAUUGUGAAAUCGUAAUUAAUGCGUAACAGUUGAAUCAUGCGUACAAUAAAAAUCCUUGUUAUACUUGAAUUUAUACUUGUUAAUAUGCUUGUAAAUAAUGUUUUAACGAGGCGGCUAGUAGUGGGAUGAUACCUAUCAUAAGUAAUACGUUUAGAUUCAAUUAGUUAGUUAAAUGAUUGUGACAACUGACUUUAUGAACCAUUUUAUAUAAAUAAAGAUAUUUCAAAAUUUCGAAA